AAAAAGCCGAAGUAUUCAGCUACUCGCAGACUGCUUUUGAAGUCCAGAUUGCUGAAGAAGGCUGCGGCACUGCUGGUGGCUGAGAAAGAGGAGCAGAAAAGAGCCAUAGAGGAGGCAGUGAAUGAAAGUGUGGCUCCACUGCAGCUUUCAGGUCUGUCUGUCCAAGAACUGCAGGACCUGUGUAGAGAUCUACACCAUAAAAUUGAUGUUGUAGAUGAAGCGCGGUAUGACAUGGAGGUCAAAGUGUCCAAGGCUGAAAAGGAGAUCCAGUCCUUGACACAGAGGGUGACUGAGCUAAAGGGUAUAAAAAGACCCAAUCUAAAGAGGGUGAAGAAAACUGCAGAUGACAUGCUGGGGGCCUACAAUGACCCGUCUAAGAUGAAGGCUGAUUUCAAGGUCAACCUCAAAACUGUGGAAAGAAAGAAAGAGGACGAGAGAGAAGAGGUGACUGACUGGCGUAAGAACGUGGAGGCCAUGUCUGGUAUGGAAGGCAGGAAGAAGCUGUUUGAAUAACCUAUGGAAGCCCAUUAAACCGUAGUAAUUGCAUUGUACAGCAGGAGGCGCUCUUCAUCUACAGAACUGGACAUUUGUUAGCUGUCUACACAUAUACGUGUCUUCAUAUCUGUUGGAGACGAAUUUAUCAAUUUAUCACCAUUCUAAAAAUGUUUUACUUGUACCUUUGUACAUUUUUUGGAUACAACUGAGGAAACUAGCUUCAUAUGCAUAAAUUAAAGGAACCAUUACUUCCUCACUUUGCACUUUGUACCAGUCACGAAUUCACUGAGAGCGCAAUGUGAUGUAGACGAACACUGACACCUAGUGGCUCUCAUAGAAAUAACCAGUACUCCACUACUGUACAGCACAUAAAAUGCAGCGGAACCAAAUCAUUGUACUUAACUAGAUAUUUGUGCUCACUCAAUGCGUGGAUGAUGAUGAUGUUUCAUUCUUGAAGUUUCAUUGGGCUCUAUCAGAGUCCAUGCUAACCUGAAAACAAUAAAACAAUGAAACCCA